AUGAAAAAGGAUCCCAGUCAGUUGAAUGAAUCAAGAACUAGAUCUGAUCAUGAAUGCGAAUGGGAAUCUUUUCGCAUCAUCCAUCCUACACAAUCACUCCCACCCCCACUCAGAACGAUCAGAAGGAGCUUCGAACUACUCUCGGUCUCAUACUUCCUCAACAUCUUCGCACCAGCCCUGUCCAUACAGAACUUUGCCAUCUCAAAACUCGAAGCCGAUUUAGAUGGCAGUCAACCCGAUUCAUACCUCCCAAUCUUGAUUCCGAAACUUCUGGUAUCUCUGACGGGCGAUCGAACGACAAAUCAUUCCAAUUGGGAAUCAAGAUUGCGCAGAGAAUUCUUCAGACGGGAACCGCAAGCAAACCCUCUCGGAGCAGAACCUGCCAAGCCCAAACCGAAGAUCUUCAAACGAGCCGUUGGCUAUGUUUACAUCGCAGAGGCCAUCCCACUCUCAACCCUGCCCACCGUCGACGACCUGAACUCUCAAUAUGCUCAACUGACCAAAGCUAAGAGUGGUACCUCUCAGCAAGCUCCCGUCAGCAAUCAAACUCCCAUCGAUCCGUCUCAGCCCCAGCAUGUCUCAGAAAGCGAGCAAACUGCAAGCGUUCUCCCUGCCACAGAGAUUGAGCAGACUGCAAGCGACCUCCCUGAUACCCAACCCCUUAACGAUACCCCUCAACUUUCAAAUACGCAGAGCCCGGCGGUCGAAUUACCUAAUCCCAAUCCAGUCGACGCAAAAAGCUCUGGUUUACUACCCUCAGACUCACAUCCAUCGGAUAAACCUUCGCCUGAAGAUCUCAUUCAUCACGCCGAAGAACCCAAGCCACUCAAUGCACCUUCCAGUGAAAGCUCAAGCCCAGCACCUCAGAAUCCAGCAGGGCCUAGUACGAUACUCUGGUCAAGUCUUUCACCAACUAUCAAGCUCAAGUCUCUUUUUAAGCUUUGCGAAUGGCAUUUCAGUACCUCAACCGACUUGGACCGAUUCCGGCGCCUCGUUGAUCACAAGGCUUAUAAUUCUAAUAUUGUGGGGUUGGAUGAACAUUCUGAUUGGAGACAAGAACGCUGUGGGAUUGAUUCUAAAGGGAACCAGUACUGGCUCAGUGGCCAAGGGAUCGAAUGCCGCCUCUGGGUCCAACGUCGAGAGCCCCAGCCGCCACUUAAAGCAAUCACUCUCCGGAUCCCGGCACGUUCAAAGAAAAAAGAGAAGAACGCGCAAACUAAACAACCCAAACGCAAACACGUCUCUCAGGAGUCCCCCACUACCCCAUCCACCCCUGCUACCAACCGAAGCCGCCGGUGCAGCAGCGGUGCUCUCCCCGAUCCCAAGCGAGCAAGAUUGACAGGCACAAGAUCAUCUCAAAGAUUACGCGGUACUCAGGCGGAGUCCAGUAACAGAUCGAUAUCGCCACGUCCACCAACGAUGAUUGUGAUCAAGAAGACUGGCGCUCCUCAAAACUCAAAAGCGCCCAAACAAGGUGUAAACGGAUCUAGGCGACGAUCAUCAAGAAGGAGCGCGAAUGAUGAGGUGUGGCAGGAUGUACCUCCCGGUUGGCUAGAUGAAGUAGUUGAACCUACUUCUAAACAGCCAUCCACCGCCCUCUCCAGCGAUUUAUCGGAGAUGAGCGACGAUGAUGACUAUGUCGUCAACGCUCGCCAAUCCAACCCAAAGAAGUCGAAGCCGAUGGCUAUGAAAGCGAAGUCAAUGCCCGUCGCGACGGAUAACGCCUCUGUGGAUGAAAGCCUCUCGGAACUUUCUGAUAGUCCAGAUCCCUCGACAGUCCUCACCAGUGAGUCUGUGUCCGAGGCCCCUAGUAUAGCUGCUGAGAGAGUGGAUGAAAUACCCGAUGUAAACAAAACCGAGCAAAGAACCGACGAUGUACCUAAAUGCGACGAUAAGGCUGUGAGACUACCCACAGCCGAACACUCGUGUCCAGGACAAGAGAUGGAAGUUGAAACUGCGGAAGUAGUCACAAUGUCUGUGAAGGAUGAUCCGGACCAGAAGCCUAGUGAUAUUCCCGUCAGCAAUGUUCGACUAUCUGAGCUGGACGACUGCAAAGCAAAUAAUGCUCAACUUGAUCUACCCAAGCCUGCCCAAUCAAUCAUUGACCCGAUCCACGAACCCUCUGCUCAACCUGUCACCCCGGAACCAAAUGCCCCAACUAAAGAGCUCAUUCCGAAAGUUGAAUGUGGAUGUGAUGUUGAAAAAGUACAACCGUGUUCGGAUGAUACGGACCCAUUUUUUCCUGAGUUAAAGGGACAUCCGCUUGAUCCAGAUUGGAUCGAAUGGGAAGUUGUUUGUGCGGAUUUGAACGAUUGGCAAAACUUUUAUUUGCAGUUUGAAAAUAGCGAAAGUCAUUCGGAAAAACAGCUGGUCGAAUUCAUUAACAAUGAAAUUUUACCCGAAGUCAUGGCUUCCCAUAACGAGGAGGAAGCUAGAAAACAGAAAGAAGAGGCCAUGGCGCAACGAAAGCGAUCCAGCAGGCUAGCUACAAGAGAGGCUGUUCAAGCGACCUCAAUGGAAAUAGACACGAUGACCAGAGAGACCCGCAUGCAUUCAGACCGAUUAGAAGCCAAGCGAUUAAAAGAACUCGAACAGCAAGAAGAGUCCAAAAAGCAAAAGGAAGAAGACCAGCGAUUGGUCAGAUUGAGAGAGCGAGAAAGAAACAUAGCGAUCCGAGAGGCUCAACAGGCGAGUGAACGAGAAGCCGAAGUCAAACGGGCGGAACGAGCCAGACUGAGGGCUGAGAGCAAACUUCUGGGCAAGGCUGUCAAAGUGGCGAAGGCCGGUGUUGAAAAUUCAGUGCCAUCUAUCGAUUCGACCGAGCAAUGGGAACUAAAUUGCGAGAUCUGUGGCGUCAGUGGGAGGAACGUGGAUGAUGGUAGUGAGGUGAUCAGUUGCGACAAAUGCGAGAUAUGGCAACACGUAGUCUGUCAUGAUAGGGCUGAUGAAAUCAUGAAGAAGCCUAAACAAGAUUGGCCAACAGCCGAUUUUAUGUGUGCCAAUUGCUCUGGAAUUCCGAUCCCCCGGGCGGUGAAGAAAUUGAGGACACAUAUCAACGGCAGACCCAAACCUCCACCUCGGCAAAGAGCUAGCAAAGCGAAGGAUGAGCUCAACCAGUCUGCGCCCGCUACUCCCGGCCCUUCUACUGCCAAGCCUAAAAUUACUAUCCUGAUGAGCAAUCCUAGCAGGCAAGGUGGAUCGACGCUCAACGAGGUCUCGCCCGAGAUGAACCCUGCCAGUACCUCUGCGCCUAAUCCGCCCCAGUUACAAAAUGCACCGACCCAAGAACACAUCGUGCAGGCCGAAUGGAAACCUUGCGAACCAAGCCCCACCCGACCUCACAAUGUCCAGGUCGACUUGUUUGUCAUCAUCUGUCCCGAGUUACAGACCAGCUGCAACAGCGAGAACGACGAAUGUCCCAGACUUGACAAAUCGAAGUUAUGCAUCGACUUAGGCGAUACUUGUUGGACCAGCAAGAGCAACAGGAACGGCAAAGGCGACAGAGAGAGCAGCAACAACUUGGCCGCCUGCAGCCGACCACAAGCAGCAUCACUCCGGCGGGCAGUAGUAGUCUUAACUCAAAUCUUCAUCCUAGCCUUAAUGGUCAAUCGACCCAACCGAUCAAUCUUCCUCCAUCGUUCUCUCAUGAUCUCCAGCAGAACCCUCGCCCGCCUCAUCUGCACUCGGCGCGUCUGGUUCAUGAUUCCCAAACGAUAG